AUGGCCGACCAGCAGUUUGACAGCGCACUUUUUGCAGCCCUCGCUGGUCUUCGAUCUCAACCAGGGCAGCGGCAAUGCGAGGCCCUCCACAACCCCACCCCAUGUGCAUGGAGAGACCACCGAGCUGACCACCUUGCUCUCAGCGACCUUCUCCGACGCUUGAACCCACGCGACACCAAGAAGAACCUAAACGCAAUCAACUCCAUUGUCCCCGAGCUCCAGGAAGACCUCCUCUCCUCCGUCGAUCAGCCCCUGGAAGUCCGCCGCUGCCCCCAGACCAACCGGGACUACCUGCUCUGUGACUACAACCGCGACGGUGACAGCUACCGCUCACCAUGGAGCAAUGAGUUCGACCCCCCACUGGAGGAUGGUACCGUUCCGAGCGAGAAGGUCCGCAAGCUCGAGGUUGCGGCGAACGAGGCCUUCGAUGUUUAUCGUGAACUUUACUAUGAAGGCGGAGUCGGGAGCGUCUACUUUUGGGACCUGGACGAUGGAUUCGCAGGCGUAGUUCUCCUGAAGAAGGGUGUCACCCCCGGUUCCCAGAGCUCCGGCGAAUGGGAUAGCAUUCACGUCUUCGAAGCCACCGACCGCGCCCGCUCUUCCCACUACAAACUCACCAGCACUGUGAUCCUUCAUCUAGCCAACCAGAGUGAUGCUCUAGGAGACAUGGACCUGAGCGGUAACAUGACCCGUCAAGUUGAGGCAGAUUUGCCCGUUGAGCAAGGCGAUGCUAGCCACAUUGCCAACGAGGUCUACUUUGGCAAGGCCAAGGAUGUUGUUGGCGAACUGCGCACCCCUCUUUCGGAGACAAAUCGGGAUCGGGCGGCGCAGCUGGAGAUGAUCAAGUCCAUGCAGAAAUAG